GGCCGUGCCCGGGGCGGGGCUGGGGGCGUGGCCACCGCAGACCCCGCCCCUCCCUCCGCGCUGUCCCCGCUGCCGCUCCGGGACGCGGCAGCAGCGCUGGCGCCAUGGUGAAGAUCGCCUUCAACUCGCCCUUCGCCCUCAAGGAUGAGCCCAAAAAGGAGGCGGCCGAGGCGCUGGUGGCCGACAAGGACCCAGAAGUUGCCACACACAGGGGUGAAAACUCAUCUGGAAGAUGUCUCUUGACUCUGCUGGGCCUGGCCUUCAUCUUGGCAGGGGUUGUUGUGGGUGGAGCCUGCAUCUACAAGUACUUCAUGCCAAAGCACAAGGUGUACCGAGGGGAGAUGUGCUACUUUGAGAACGAGGCGCGGGAGCGCGCGGUGGAGCCGUACUUCCUGCCCAUCGCCGAGGAGGCCGACAUCCGCGAGGACGACAACAUCGCCAUCAUCGACGUGCCCGUGCCCAAGUUCUCCGACAGCGACCCCGCCGCCAUCGUGCACGACUUCGACAGGCUCUUGACGGCGUAUCUCGACCUGCAGCUGGGGAACUGCUACGUGAUCCCACUGAACACUUCCAUAGUCAUGCCUCCAAGGAAUCUGAUGGAUCUCUUUGCCAAGCUGGCGACUGGCUCUUACCUGCCCCAGACGUACCUGGUGCGUGAGGAGAUGGUGGUUACAGAGGAGAUUGACAACGUGUCUGAUCUGGGCAUCUUCAUCUACCAGCUCUGUGUGGGGAAAGAGACCUUCAGGCUGCAGCGCAGAGACCAAAUCAUGGGUGUGCAGAAACGGGCAGCGGAGAACUGUCACUCCAUCAGACACUUUGAAAACUCCUUCGUGGUUGAGACAAAGAUCUGUCAGCAGUGAAAGGUGACAGAUGGGAGUGACCAGGCCACACCUUCCUGGAGAAGUCAGCAUUAGACAUCGACUUCUGCAAUUAAACCGUGCAGUGAUAAUCAAAAGCCUUAUGCAUUUUCUGUGUAUUGCUUGUAUUUCAGAAGACAAAGUCACCAUUUCAGCUUUUGUUGAUCCUUGGUAUAACUUUUUAGUUGUCUCAUGUAAAACUUAAAUUUGAGUAAGGUUUCGGUUUUUUUUUUAGAAAGCUAAUAUCAGUUUAUCUGUUGAAUGUGUUUGAUUUAGUGUAAUCUGGGAAUGGCAGAAAAAUAUAUAUAUAAAACAAUGUUAACCAGUUCCUUGGCUGGAACCAGUUAUGUUCACCUUAACUUUCACAGAAUGAUUAAUAUUAAUAAUCUGUGGUUUGCACAUCUUGUGUAGUUCUGUAGAAUAGCUCUGCACUCCGUAUCCUGGCUCAAAAACCUUCCUGAUCUGGCUCAUUCAAGGUUUAUUUUAACGACCAUGUGUGCAGCAUGUAAAAUCCAAGCUCAGUGAUCAGAAACCUUUAACACUACCCUGUUUCUUUUUGUGCAAUUACUGUAUUGAAUUCGUAUGUAUAUUUGGAACCUUCCCUGAGCUUAUGUUGAGUUCUUCUCCCUUAGUUUGGUUUUGUGGCAUUUAGUUGUUAGAUUCUGAUAGAGUUGCUCUUAAAGCUUGUCAGUAUUUUUGGUUAUGACUUGGUUUAUCCUGUAACUUCCUAUUUCCAGGGUCUGUUCUGGUAUAGCUCACUUGUGAACGUGACUGUAGUUGUAAACUGAAACUACUUGGGCUUAUAUAAAACUUUUUAGAUCAACUUUUUAUGAGCAAGUAGCAUUACUGCUGCAGUCAGAGCAUUGUACCCUUUUUUUGGAAAGCUGCAGUCUAAAGAGAAUGAAGAGUUAGUGUCCUGCAGUUGAUAAACUCAAGAGUUUUAUUAAGGGACUUUAUAUUGGCAUAAAUUCUGCAACCCUAUAAUAAAUGUUUCUCUAAAACUUU